AGCCCCGGGACUGGCAACAACAUAAAAAAUAAAAUUCUGGGUCUAGUUUUUCUACUAGUAAACCAGGAAGCAAAACCUGAUGAGGGGAAGAAGUGGGGGGAGGCGGUAGGAGAGCUAAUGAAAUGGAAAAAAUGACUACAACUCCCAGAAUGCCCUACAGAUCCGCGUGGAGCAGCGCAUGCUGGGAUUCCUUUUCUUCCAGGGACAGGAGGCAGUGCUUUGUGUUUUUGAGUGCAGUACCGUGUAGUCUUCUAUUCAUUUCUCGGUCAACUGUAUUUUGAGUGCGUCGCGAUCCUCUUUCUCGUUAGGAGAGGUGCUGGGCGCCACGCUCGUAACUCCUUUGCCUGCGAGGCCCGCGGCGAUUGCGGCGGCGGGACCCGGAGCGGGCGGAGUGAAGCGCUGUGUCGGUGCCGCUGCGUUUCCGGCUACCAUGCUUUGCUGUGAUAUUUGUGGUGAAACAGUAGCCUCAGAACCUGAUAUGAAGACUCACCUCCUAAUUGUUCACAUGGAAAAUGAAAUUACUUGUCCAUUUUGCAAGUUGUCGGGGGUAAAUUAUGAUGAGAUAUGUUUUCAUAUUGAAACAGCUCAUUUUGAGCAGAAUGCAGUAGAAGGAAAUUUUGAGAGGACAGACACAACACCGUUUGGCAUUUCAAAUGAUCACAAGGACAAUAACCUACAGAGUACUGGGGAAGUUAAUUCAAGUGGUCAUUUGGCAUGUGCAUCUAACCAUCCAAAAAGUUCAGCCCAAAGCCUGCCUAAAGAUGUUCCUUUAAAACAGGAAGCCUUUUAUUCAGAGAACUUUACAGAAUCUAGAAAAUUGCUGAAAAGCAGGGAAAAGCAGUCUGGAUUAUCUGAAGUAAAAGGAUCAACUUAUGAAGCAACAUAUAAUCCUCCUGACUGUCCAUUUUGUGGGAAAGUAGAGGCAUGUAGUGAUGAUAUGGAGCUCCACAUGAAAACAAAGCAUGCCAAUGUUUUGGAAGAUCAACCACUCUAUGACUGUCCUAUGUGUGGGCUCCUUUGUACAAAUUACAAUAUUCUCCAGGAACAUGUCAACUUACAUUUAGAAGAAAGCAGCUAUAGACAAGGCAUGGAUGAAGUGCAGUGUUCUAGUGAUCUAGAAUUGGCUUACCAGCUUCAAAAGCAAGAAGACAGAAAGAGGAAAUCUGAGGAAUCCAGACAAGAAAUGGAAGGAUUUCAAAAACUGCAGCGACAAUAUGGUUUAGAUAAUUCUGGAGGAUAUAAACAACAGCAGUUACGACAGAUGGAAAUAGAAGUAAAUAGGGGACGAAUGCCUCCAUCUGAAUUUCAUAGAGUAAAAGCUGGCAUGAUGGAAUCACUGGCUCUUGGUAUUGAUGAUGGGCAAACAAAAACUUCUGGAAUUAUUGGAGCUCUUCAUAGAUACUAUCAGGAUAUUGCCACAGAUGUGAGGCACGUGUGGCUUUCUGCAGUGGUGGAUCAUUUUCAUUCAUCUUUAGGUGACAAAGGUUGGGGAUGUGGUUAUAGAAACUUCCAGAUGCUACUUUCAUCGUUAUUACAAGAUGAUACUUUUGAUGAUUGUUUGAGAGGUAUGUCAGUUCCUUGCAUUCCAAAAAUUCAGGCAAUGAUUGAAGAUGCAUGGAAGGAAGGUUUUGAUCCUCAAGGAGCCUCUCAACUCAAUAACAGGUUGCAGGGAACGAAGGCUUGGAUCGGAGCAUGUGAAAUAUACACACUUCUGACCUCCCUGAGAGUCAAGUGCCGUAUUAUUGAUUUCCACAAGCCAACUGGCCCCCUGGGUACACAUCCUCGCCUAUUUGAGUGGAUAUUGAACUAUUAUUCUUCAGAAAGGGAAGGAGAUUCAAAGGUCGUAUGUACCUCUAAACCUCCUAUCUAUCUUCAGCAUCAAGGUCAUAGUCGAACAGUUGUUGGAAUUGAAGAGAGAAAAAAUCGAACACUAUGUUUGCUGAUAUUUGAUCCUGGAUGUCCUUCUCCAGAAAUGCAGAAACUAUUAAAACAAGAUAUAGAGGCCAGCAGUCUCAAACAGCUUCGGAAAUUUGUGGGAAAUUUGAAACAUAAGCAAUACCAGAUAGUGGCGGUAGAGGGUGCUCUUUCUCCUGAGGAGAAAAUUGCUAGAAGACAAGCAUCUCAAGUCUUUACAGCGGAGAAGAUUCCUUGAAGAAUCAAGCAUUUCAAUAAUGGUAGAAUUAAUUAUACUUUGUUUGCCAAAUUUAGAUAUUGAGUUCCUUAAUAUACCUGAAUUUCCUUAAUGUUCAGCAUGUUAUUUAAGUUCUAUAAUGCCUUUACUCAUAGUACUUCAUUACUUAGUAAUUCUUUCAAUAAAGCAUCUUGUUUGCAUUA